UGUCUGAUUCACUGAGGAACCAAACAUCCAUCAUAUCCUUACAGGGGCUGCUGGUGCCCAUCUCCAGCAAACACUGGGCAAUUCAGAGCAAUACAGAAACACAUAACAAACCAUAAAUAAACGCAUAAAUAUGGAUAAGCUGGAUUCGAAACCAAAUAGAUGAAUGAAUAAAUUAACUGAACCGUAUUCAAAUACGAUUUUACCUAUAACAAUGAGCAGAAGUAACCUUGUUUUUGUCAGUGUCAGGGCUAAAUUAACAGGAAAAAAUGUAUUAAUGUAAAAUAUUUACUCUAACUGGCUAUUAUUACAAACUGUUUAAACAACUGGGUAGUGUGUUUUAAGGUUAGUGCUCAAUAUGCAUUUUCACAGGGAAGAUCAUUUUAUUGAGUAUACUUGAGGAAAAACGUAAUGUUUGUUGUGUAAUGGUGAGUCAGGAGUUGGAAAAGCGAGCAUUUAUUUGAUUGACGGUGUUCCUCACACAGUUUUCUAUGAUCCUAUUUCUUGGACGAUAGUGAAAAUGUAUUGUUUCAAACCAACUUCUAAUCUAUAGAAACUUUUUUAUACUCAGUAACAUUCAGCAUUUCUCUGAUUUGAACAGUUUAAAGUCCCAGUUAUAACAAACUGUGUGUAUGUAUUUGUUAUGGAGGGUCAGUUCUGCCACUCCUCCACUCAGAGCACACUGAGCCAGAAGUGCGUGCGCGCGCACACACACACACACACACACACACACACACACACACACACACACACACACACACACAUAUGCACUCAAAGACGGAUGCAGACUGAGGUUAAGAAAAUAUAGACAAGCACGAGUAUUUUCCAGGAACUCUAUUAUUUCUGACUUGGGGUAUCUAAUGGUAUUUCAUUGAAUUGCUAUGAUGUCAGAGUGUCCGUCCACCCUAAUGGCCUUCUAACAACAACAGGGACAGAUUGGUUCCAUUCACCGGACUGUCCAGACUGAGAGACACAAGCAGCUGAAACCUCAACAAGUUCUCAGCUUAAAAGCAUGCCGCUGCGUCUCCUUUCCCUCUCCGUACUCCUCCUCCUUGUUGCCGCGGCAGCCGUGGUGUGCGUCUCCAUGACAACGCCGCUCCAGAGUUUCCGGGGCUGCGCAGUGCGCGAGUUCUCCUUUGUGGCCCAGAAGCCAGGCUGUAAGGGGCUGCACAUCACCACGGAGGCCUGCUGGGGGCGCUGUCAUACCUGGGAGAGACCGAUAAUCGAGCCGCCGUACAUCCACCGGCACCACCGUGUCUGCACCUACAGCCGCAUCCGACACAUGACGGCUCGGCUGCCGGGCUGCCUGCCCAACGUCUCCCCUCUCUACCACUACCCAAUGGCUCUGCAAUGCCACUGCACCUUCUGCUCCAUGGAGGACACAGAGUGUCAGACCUUCUGAUAGACACCUGUUUUUAAUCAAUAAAAAAGAUUUCUGCUUAUGCACAAGAGCUGAAUAAAAUGAUUAAAAGAAAACUGUAUUCAUGAAUACCAGAAUGAUAUUGUUGCACUGUGUUUGUACUUAAAU